UGUGUUUGUUGUGCAUUUCUGUACUGUCUAGACAUUCUUUUUACCAAAGCAGAUAUACAGGGUAUAACUUGUGCAGUUUUAUUUAGGUUGGCAUUUUUUAAUUAACUCUCUGGGGUGAUUUCAGAGGUGUGCACAUAAACAGAUGAAAUGGAGAAGUCAAGGAAACUGGGAUCAGUGAAAGAUGAGGACCAAUUUUAUCAUCAGGGUGCUGUGGAGCUGCUGGUCUUUAACUUUUUGCUUAUCCUUACCAUACUAACCAUUUGGCUUUUUAAAAAUCACCGAUUCCGCUUUCUGCAUGAAACGGGAGGCGCCAUGGUCUACGGUCUCAUCAUGGGAUUAAUUUUGCGCUACGCGACAGCACCAUCUGAUCUUGAAAAUGGAACUGUCUAUGAUUGUGAAAAGCUCAAAGUUGGCCCACCCACUCUGCUUGUUAACAUCACAAAUCAAGUCUAUGAGUAUCAGUACAAAAGAGAAAUCAGCCAGCAUAAUGUCAACGCACACCAAGGCAAUAUGAUGCUCCAAAAGAUGACCUUUGAUCCUUCAAUCUUCUUCAACGUUUUAUUACCUCCAAUUAUAUUUCAUGCUGGAUACAGUUUAAAGAAAAGACAUUUUUUUCGCAACUUGGGAUCAGUAUUAACAUAUGCCUUCUUGGGGACUGCAAUUUCUUGUAUUGUGAUAGGGUUGAUAAUGUAUGGAUUUGUAAAAGGCAUGAUCCAUCUCAGGCAGCUGAAGAGUGGUGACUUUCACUUCACUGACUGUUUGUUCUUUGGUUCUUUAAUGUCCGCUACAGAUCCAGUGACAGUCCUGGCUAUUUUCCAUGAGCUCCAUGUUGACACAGAUCUCUACACACUCCUUUUUGGUGAGAGUGUCCUAAAUGAUGCUGUGGCUAUAGUUCUCACAUACUCAAUAUCGAUUUACAGCCCCAAGGAGAACCCCAACGCUUUUGAUGCUGCUGCCUUCUUCCAGUCGGUGGGGAAUUUUCUUCGGAUUUUUGCUGGAUCUUUCGCUAUGGGGUCUGCCUACGCUGUUGUCACUGCUUUAUUGACAAAGUUUACCAAGCUAUGUGAAUUCCCUAUGCUAGAAACUGGUCUCUUUUUCCUUUUGUCUUGGAGUGCCUUCUUGUCUGCAGAAGCUGCUGGACUUACAGGAAUAGUGGCAGUCCUUUUUUGUGGAGUCACACAGGCCCAUUACACGUACAACAAUCUGUCAGCAGACUCCAAAAUGAGAACUAAACAGAUGUUCGAGUUCAUGAACUUUUUGGCAGAGAAUGUUAUCUUCUGCUACAUGGGAUUAGCACUGUUUACUUUUCAAAAUCACAUCUUCAAUGCACUGUUUAUAUUUGGCGCAAUUGUGGCAAUUUUCAUAGCGAGAGCUUGCAACAUAUAUCCACUUUCCUUCAUUCUCAACUUGGGCCGAAAACAAAAGAUUCCCUGGAAUUUUCAGCAUAUGAUGAUGUUUUCAGGUUUACGUGGUGCAAUAGCGUUUGCUCUGGCAAUACGGGACACAGAAUCACAGCCUAAGCAAAUGAUGUUUACAACUACCUUACUCAUUGUGUUCUUCACAGUCUGGGUAUUUGGAGGGGGCACCACACCAAUGCUUACAUGGCUCCAAAUCAGGGUUGGUGUAGAUCCAGAUGAAGAUCUGAAGACAGAAAUUGCUAGUCAGACUGCAAAUAACCUGGAUAAAAACACAACCAAAGCAGAAAGUGCCUGGCUCUUCAGAAUAUGGUAUGGUUUUGAUCAUAAAUAUUUGAAGCCCAUUCUCACACAUGCUGGGCCACCACUUACUACAACUUUACCAGAAUGGUGUAAUCCUGUAGCCAGAUUACUAACUAGCCCUAGAGCAUAUGGGGAGCAACUGAAGGAUGAUGAUAUGGACUUUAUUGUCAGUAAUGAUGAACUGGCAAUAAAUUGUGCAACCUCAGACUCUUCUCCAAUGCCAGCACACAGCACAACAAAUGCACCCCCUCCUCUGGGUAAAGAAAACAUUUAUGAAGGGGACCUUGGCUUAGGAGGAUAUGAACUCCAAUCUGAAGCUACUCCAGGAGUAUCCUCAGCCUAAAGUCCGGUGAAAAUAUUCAUGACAAGUAGCACAAGGAGGAAUGCAAGCCAUGCUUAUUUUGCAGAGUUAGCAAGAAGCUGAAAAAUGUAUUAAGGGCACAAACUGAAAAGAAGUACAACUUUGCUGAAUCUAUCUCUGAAGCCUGGAGCAAUGAGAAUUUAUUACCACCCCAAAUAUUAUACAACUACAGUUAUUUUUUUCUGACAGUGGCCAUUUUUUAAUAACGGGAUUGAGGGCACUGCCUGUCUGCUACUGGGAAAUGACAUAUGCACUCAUAGGGCUGAAUCCUUAGACUCCAUUCUUCUAAGAUGGUAGCCGUGUUUGUCUGUCUGUAGCAGCAGAAAAUAGCAAGAGUCCAGUAGCACCUAUAAGACUAACAAAAAUUGUAGUAGGGUUGAGCUUUUGUGAGUCACUCACAGCUCACUUCGUCAGUUAUCAGCUCUUUUCUACUUUUGCAGUUGGAGGAAGCUUUGGCAUAGAGGAGUGAUAGGAUCCAACCCUGAUUAGGCAUCAUCAUUUUCAGUCCAAUCUCAAACAUGAACAAAGGUUACGGAACAUUUUUCUUAUAAUUCACUCAGCAGAGUGAAGGAUAGAAAAUAGAUUGGCUACUCCAUGCUCCAAAUAACACACAUGUUUUUAUGAUGUGGCACGUUUUCCAGCAUACUCUCCUGUGGCGUGAAAUGAAAGGUAUUUCUAUACAAGCUGUUGGGUUUCUUUUCUCAUUCCAUUGCAGAGCUUUAGGAUUCUUUCAUCCUGUGGUAUUUUGCUGACAAAGGGUUAAUAAUGUAGUGCACAAAAAAUCUGAGCAUUGAUAUAUGAGCUGCUGAGGCCUAAACAGAUCGAUAAGAGAGGCACUUGAUAUUAUUAUUGUGAUUGAGCAUGAUUGCCAGUGUAGACAGCAAUUAUGCUUUCUUCGCCAACUCAUUUGUCACCACUCCUGUGCAGUAACUUCAUAAUGCAAAAUCGUGUGCUGACUUUGAGCAAUUUUUCAUCAAAUUCUAAUGUUCAGUUAUUACUUAUGGAAUCGGUGUGUAUAUUAGAAUGGGAGAGAGUGAGAGAGCUUGCAUGAUGGUCAAGAAUUCGAAAGCAAGAUAUGCAAAAUCUUUUGCCCACAUUCUAGUAUCUUAGAAUGAAAGAGUCCUAGACAGUCUUAGAUGCAUAACCACUGCAUGCUCAGCAUGGAGAAAAGGUCAUCUGAAUCAUUCAUCAUCAUGACCACAUAAAUAUCAUUGCUCAUUAGGAAGGGUUGGGUAGAGCUCCAAAACACUGCAGUCCUAAACAGAGUUACAUCCGUCUAAGCCUGUUGACUUCCAUUGACUUAGAAGGGUAUAACUGCAUUUGGGAUUAAACUAAAAGAACAAUUUGGGCUUUUGAAGUACUAUUUGAAUGACCCACUAGUGGCAUGCAUUGUACAAUAUGGACUGAAUCAUGGACAGGAAGGGUUGUUGUUAAUACAUGCUAUGGAAAGGUUGCUAGAUAUCUUCCUGGAUGGACUCUGGUACUUUUAAAAGAUCCAUGAUGGACAGCUUUUUUGGACCACUUGGCAAGUCCAUUCAUAUUUAUACCUAAGUACUGAAAUAUCCUACACAUUAUGAUCAGUAUCAGGAGGGAUGAUGGAGAAAUGGCAACCCACAACAGCUGUAUUGUGAGACAUAACAGGAACUGCCAGAUAGGGAAUGAGGUCACCAUAUGAUGGCGCUAUUAGGCUAUGUCUGCAGUACAGUUUUCUUGCUUUUCUGUGGUUACAUGCAUUGUAUCGGGUUGUAUGUUUCUUCUAGUAUUAAAAGAUCAUCCAAUGUCUACAUGUGUUUGGCUCCUCUUAGGCCCUAGGGACGUGGUUUUGUUUCCUUUCUAAUCCUCAAUCCUCUGACUGUUUCAAUGGAAAAACAGCUUCUGCAAUUCCACAUGUCUGUGUGAAUCAUAACUAAAGUGCAAAUGUGUUCUGCAUUUGUCUGUAAUGUUAAAUCAUGAAAGUUAUC